AGGAGUUGGGGAGAAGAGGGGGUGGUGAGACAGUGGGAGCCGAAAUCAUUUUCCCUCUCGGACUGUGAGAGAGCGCGUAGAACCGCAUCUCGAUUCACCCUCUCCUAGUGGACGCGCGUCGGUUUGGUUCCAGAACCCGGUUAAUUCGGCAGCAAGCACGCGUCUGUCCGUCUGGCUUUCAGUGAGAUCACCGACUUGCACAUGGUCUGUGGCAAUGGGACCAUAAAGGAACAAAUUCCAUAGCACUGAAAAAAAAUUGACGGGUGAAAUAAACAUAUACGAGAAGACAUCUCACAGAGAAGUGGACAUGGAGACGCGCAGAGGAGAUGUGAUAUAACAGACUGGACAAGAAGACGCUUCUGGGAUUUAUUUCUCGACUUGAAAUAAAUAGUUUUUAAGUGGUUAUAGCAUUUUUCCAAGUACAUUCCUUACUGUUACAUGCAAGCAUGAGCCGAAAAGAGAUGAUGUUCUGUUCAGGAUGCUGGAGUGCGCCGAUGCUCUCUGCCCUUUUGGUUGUCUUCUUGAUACCGUUGUUUGCACAUGGAAACUCUGUAGUGGGGAAUGAGACUGAGGCUGAUAGUGCUGUUAAUGUGACCUCCUUGUCUACUGAGGGUGAGGAAGAGAAGCUGAAGGAAGUGUCACAGUUUGCCAGCUUGUCCGGUGACACAGACCUGACUCUUCACAUCGGACGUAAACCCAGAGUAGAGGAAGAAGGCAGUGGCAUGCUGGAAGAGGUCAUUUCACCAACUCCUGGUACUAGUAAGAUGGCCACCACCAGCUUGCCAGGCCCAGAGAUCAGCCCUGACUCUGCUGAGACCGACCACUUGCUACCCCAUGACCCAGACAAUAAAUUCAUGGAUGAAGAUGUACCCACACAGCCACCUUGGCAGGCCAAAGGAGACAUGGAGACCACUGUGUUUGACCUGGACCAUGAAGAUCACAAAUCUCCCACAAACCCGCCCCCUACAAACCCACCUUCACCCUCAGACGUCACUGUAGAUUUCUUCGACUCUGGUUCCCGUCACAAGAACCUAGAACCUCCAUCUAUGUCCCCACAUGAGCUUCAGGGCAAUGAGGCCACCUCCUGGGCCAUGACGGACAACUACGACUACAUGACGCCCUAUGAUGACAGCGUGUCACCCACUACGGAAGAUUACCCCUACAGCAGCACUACUGACUCGUACGAUGAUGAUCUCACCACUACUCCUUCCUCCAAGGCGAUCCACCCAAGUUUGCCCUUCAACCCUGAUAACACACAAACCAAAUGGUCCACUGCAAAUGAGGAACCCUCUGUUCCCCCUGGCGUGGUCAACUCUGUUAACGGCUCAGACUGUCGGCAGGGCUUUGUCCGUAGCAAUGGCACCUGCAAGUCCCCAUGCGACCUUCAGCCCAGCUUCUGCUUCAAUGGAGGCCAAUGCUACGUCCUGGAGGGAACUCAGAUGUUCUGCAGGUGCAACAUUCAGGAUUACAUGUGGCACAAGGGUGCCCGCUGUGAGUCGGUCAUCACGGAGUUCCAGGUGAUGUGCAUCGCCAUCGGGGCCACCGCCCUCAUGGUGCUACUGCUCUUCAUGAUCAUCGUUUGCUUCGCCAAGAAGUUGCAUGUGCUCAAAACUGAGAAUAAGAAGUUGCGCAAGCGCAGCAGUAAGUACCGUCCUUCCUCGGAGCACCACAAUGAUAAUUUCUCGUUGUCCACCAUCGCUGAGGGCUCCCAUCCAAAUGUAAGGAAACUUUGCGACACCCCUCCUAACCUCCCUCAUGCCCGUGCUUUGGCUUACUAUGAUAACAUUAUCUGUCAGGAUGAUCCUAAUGCCCAGAACAAGCUGGAGGACCCCGUGAAGGCCCCCCCACCCAAAGAGGACGAGUCGCUGAACAUCCAGAACUCACUCACCCCUAAGCACGAGAACCAUAAGGUGCUGGGCGAGGAGAACUCCUCGGAGGUAAACUCGCUACAGAACAACAUGAUGUAGAACAGCAGAAAAUACACCCCACGCAACCACGUCCAUGAUCAUUUAAAGCAUCGAUCAACAGACGCUACAAGCAGCCACUUCAACCACACACCAUCAACACAUGACAGAAAAUUUGAAAACCCACCCCUCACCCCCACUCAGUCUCUGCCUCCCGCCCCGCCCCUUGUUGCAGUCUUUUUGCCCUGUAGUCAACCUACCCCUGACCUAGCCCUUAUAUAUUCACAUACACCUACCCCUGCCUAACUGAAUUAUGGCAUGCGUUGGUAUAUAUUGUAAAAAAUAAAAAAAAAUAAAACAUAUUUGGGGUUUAAAAUAUAAAACAUUGUCAUUAAAGAUAAAGCUACUGAGAGGUGUUGAUGUUUGUCUGACUAAUUCAGUGAGUAUGUGUAAAACAUAUGGGAAAAAAAUGCUUAGAUUGAUAUUAAGAAAAAAAAACACAAUGUGUCUUUGUUUUGAUGUGAUUUCUAAUCCUUUGAUGUACUUGUUUUAUUUUGUACUUUUUUGGGAAUAUAAACUACAAACAGAAAAAAUUCUGACAGUUGUUGAAAUAAACCUUUUUAACACUAAA